CAACAACCACAUUCCUAUCGACAGGCAAUUAUACUACAAUCUAGACCAGAAUUUAGAACAGUCUGUGUGCAACUGUGUUUGUGCAUAGUUGUAUCUGUAUAGUCGUAAUGAGAGAAACACUGUCUCUGUUAAGGCCUGUAUUUGGAGGCAGGCUUCGAAUGAUAAGCUUGGCGGUAUCUAGAGUCUUUUCGUCCCGACAUCCUACCCAAGUGUUGUAUACUCGAACACAAUCACGCUCAAUAUCAAGCCCAUGUGUCCCUAUCACUCGUUCACGAUCACUGUACACAAACAUAACACAAUCAGGAAAAACGGGCAAUGUUAGGCUAUAUACCACGUUUUUGGGAAGACAGGUGCAGCUCGGCGGUCUGAAGCAUCAAUAUCACGUACAGCGGAGACACCUGGCGACUGCAGUGAAGGCAGAGUCUAAUAGUAAUGAACAAGCAAAUGAGCACACACACAUGCCGUAUAUGCGAGACAUUCUAUUCGUCCUCUAUUGUGGCGUGCAGACGGUUCUGUUGUUUGUGACUCUGCAAGAGAACUUUGACCUCAUGCCGGCAACUGGCCCUUCUAUGCUUCCUUAUUAUAAUUCGCACGGAGACUACUGGAUAUACGAUCGAAGGAACGUUUUUGAUCGACAACCUGAGCCGGGAGAGGUUCUGUUCUGCAAAAGCUUCACUAAAGCGGGUGAUCGUAUACUCAAACGGGUGGUGGCAGUGGCUGGCGACCGGAUUUCAUGUAAUUGUAUCAGGCAGAAUGAAGGCUUCUGCAAUGGCGAGAGCUACCACAAGAUCCCUCGGGGGAUGAUGUGGCUUGAAGGAGACAAUCUAGCAGACUCAAACGACUCACGCUACUAUGGCCCGGUUCCACAAGCGUUAAUUCUGGGGCGGCCCAUAUUCAGGAUAUGGCCGCCUUCAGCAAUGGGACCCGCUCUGUGAGAGGGACGUGUGUUCUUGCUGUCGGUAUUGAAUUAUCGAUAUCUAGUAGGAUGAGUGAACCUACACUUCAUACCGAAUGGCUGUGUAUCCAUGCGAUGACUUGCCGAGACCGUUCAACAAAAACACAGAAACAAUCCCUUCCCUUAGAGUUCAGUAUGCACCCAUUCUACCUCGUCAGACCUGGAUGAGUCUAUUCCAAAUCAAAAGAGCAAACCUAUUACAUACGCGCACGAUCGAAGGGGUUCGCGACUGGCAGGCAUCUUCACACUGAAAAAAUUAUCGAAGCUAUUAUUUAUUAUUGAGAUUUUUCCCACUCCCCGCUAUUUAAGUGCAAACUGAGCCGGCAACAAUCGCAAUAGAUCAUUUAUACUGUACCCGUGUGUCGUAAGGAAGCGCGAUUGCAUCGAUAUAAUCAGGACAAAAUGUUACUGAAUAACUGGACUUAUGUGCCGUCACGGCUACACCAGGGCAAGGGCUUAGUCAACGAUGCGGCAGCACUAUGCGAGUCACUGUGAGAACCCCACAGCACUAGUCCAUGGGGGUCAAAAUAGUAAGCAAAGCAGCAUAGCGAGCGCAGCGAGAUACCACUACUAAGCAAUUCAUAACAGGCUCGAGCGGAAGCAUGUCUACGGAUUUCUGACUAUACAAAGAAUGCCAUGGCAUUUGUGAAGUUGUAAAAUUACGACUUAAUAUGAAUCUGAAAGGAGAAACGCUGUACGACCAUAGAGCUCAGCAGCGUGACCAUGGGGCGAUAGCGAUCGUACUGUCUUUCGCUACAAUUAAAAUUACACUAUUA